AUGUCAGAGACGUCCAAGCUGAACGGCUCCCUGACGAAAAGCUUUGGGACGCUCGGUCCAGCACGAGUGGUGGUGGCUUGUGAGGUGCUUUAUUGGGGAGGCUGGGACAUCUUCGAGGAUGACACGCGGGACCAAUGCAUGAGGGAAGGGGUUGACGAAAUUGAUGUGAUUUGGCUGUGGCUGCAUUUCAGCCCAGUCGAAGACGUGCAAAGGGCUCGAGCUGAGCCUUUGGCCGAGACCUUGGCCGCAGCGCUCGCGGCACCUUUGGCAGCUGCUGUCCUGGCGGCGGUGAUCCGCCAUCCCCCGCGUGAGAUGCAAGCCCUCGAGAUGCUGAAGGAGAAAGGCGUGCAAAGCUUCCAGCAGAUGCCCGCCUCGGGCCCGCCCAAAGUUGGUGAGCUGGGAAUCCGCUUUGCAAAUCCGGAUUUACAAGACUCCGCCGUGACGUGCUACAAAGUCCCUGCAGAGGGCAACUUUACGGAGGUCACCGCUGCGAGCAUCCUUCGCCUAGCUGGUGAAGCAAGCAGGUACCUGCUCGUGCUGGCCAUGCAGCGAGGAGGAUUUGGCGCAGACCUCCGAGUCGCCCCCAACGCUUCUCUUGGCAGCUGGCGAUGGUUCAGGUAUCGUCACGGCCGGGUCCCCGUCUGGUCUUUGAACCUCAAUGGUGAACUGGCCUCGCCGAACAACGGCCGAUGGUCUCAGGCACCGAGCCGCCGUGCGCUACCCAUCUCAGGUUUGGGACUGCUCCACAUCAAGCCGGCCAUGGUGGGCAUCUUACGCUACGGCGUGACCACGCCCCAGUGGCUGCUUAGCGUCUCAACCGAGAAGGAUGUCUACGUGCUCGAUGCCCUGACGGGAUCCGUCCUGCACAAGGUCGAGGGCCUGCGAACCGAUGUUUGGGCAAUGAGAUGGAGAUAG